AAUCAGCCACGCAAUCGGAAUUAGGAGUUGGGACCAUCUCUAGAGAGUGCCAUUGCUCCACCAGAAAAUGAAAUACUAAAAACGAGAGAAGAGAAGGAAAUUAGGAAAUGGCUUCUUCGGUGCAUUUGGUCUCUGUUCCCUCCUUCAGACGGCGCGAAAUCUCCAGCAGUCAUCGGAACUUCAGAAAGUCCAUCACCUUCACUUCCGUAAAGAAAUCAGUCUCAGUUUCUUGCGCUGCAAUUCCGUCGGAAUCAGCACAAGCAGCGCCUGAGAAACCCGAGAUCGAGCUCGAGUUCAUAGGGCCAAAACCAGGAGCUGAUGGACCGUAUCCGGUGGACAGAGCGACGGCUAUUAGUGGAGAGAAGCUUCUCAGGAACAUCAUGUUGGAUAACAAGAUAGAGCUCUACGCCGCGUAUGGAAAGGUGAUGAAUUGUGGAGGAGGUGGAAGCUGUGGAACCUGCAUCGUGGAGAUUGUUGAUGGGAAGGAUCUACUGAAUGAAAGAACAAACACCGAGCUCCGGUACCUCAAAAAGAAACCGGAAUCUUGGAGACUGGCUUGUCAAACUAUUGUGGGCAACAAGGAAAAUUCUGGCAAGGUGGUGGUCCAAAGGUUGCCACAGUGGAAGAAAUGAUGGAGGAGGGAGCUGAUAGCAAACACUGAAGGAAAAAAGAGUGUUGUACUAUUGAUUGUUGCUUAGUGGAAAAUUGAGAGAGAGAAGGAAAAAAAAAGCGUUGAUACUAGACACUUCUGUGAGUCUAGUUGCCUCCAUUUGAAUUUUACAAUGUGCAGCCUAUUGUCUAGCUAGUCCGGUUCUACCA